GCAAGCCGUUUCCUUCUGCAAAAAAAAACUCCCCAACAGGCCAACAAUUCCCCACUAUAAAACCCCCUCCACGGCCCCUCCCCGUCCCAUUUCGCCAAACCCCAACCCCCGCAGGAGAUGAUCGAUGGCGUAGAUCGCGCUUCGCUGGAGCUCGCCUCCGAUCCCAGCUGUUGAUGGCGGGUAUCUACGUCAAGAUGGUCGACGAAGGCGACUCCCCGGCCAAAUGCCGCGAGGCCCGCCGCCGCAGGAUCGAGAUGCGCCGCUUCGCCGCCGUCGCCGGCGACUCGCCCUCCAGGGCGGGGAGCCCGUCGCGGAGGGCGGAGAGGAAGCGGGAGGGGGAGCCGGAGGCGGCCGCCUCCGAUCCCGCCAACUGUGGCGGCGAGAAGCGGAGCCGUCCCGCUGGCGAUGACUUUCCGUCGCCGCCUCUCUCACUUACUCCUUCGUCCUCGGCGACGCCUUUUUCUCUUUGGACUACUUCUUCGCCCGUCGAAGCAGCUGCAGCGCCGGCGAUCGCGUCGAGCUCCGGCCUGGUCCCAGCGGGGGAGCCUCGGCUGGCGUUUGGUUCCAUCUCACUCUCCGGCCGGUCGCGGGAGAUGGAGGACGCCAUCUCCGUGCGGCCGGGCUUCUUCCGGCCGCCCGGCGGCGGUUCAACCCUGCACUUCUUCGCCGUCUUCGACGGCCACGGCGGAUACCACGUGUCCGCCCUGUGCAGGGAGCGAAUGCACGUGAUACUGGCGGAAGAGCUCGCGGCGGCGGCGGCGGCGGCGGAAGGGGAGGAGCAGUGGAGGACGGCGGUGUCGCGGAGCUUCGGGCGGAUGGACGAGCUGGCGCUGACGGUGUGCGUGUGCGGCAGCGUGGGGUACCCUCUGUGCCGGUGCGAGCGGGCGGGGACCGAGUCGGGCAUCGUGGGGUCUACCGCGGUGGUCGCCAUCGUCAGCCGCGACCGUCUCCUCGUUGCCAACUGCGGCGACUCGCGAGCGGUGCUCAGCCGCGGGGGCCGCGCCGUCCCGCUCUCCUCUGAUCAGAAGCCUGACCGGCCGGACGAGCUGGCAAGAAUAGAAGCAGCGGGCGGGCGUGUUGUCUACUUGAACGGUGCUCGCGUCCACGGAAUACUUGCAAUGUCACGGGCCUUAGGAGACAGGUACCUGAAACCUGUGGUGAUAUCUGAGCCAGAGAUAUGCAUUGUGGAGAGGACUGCUGACGAUGGUUGCCUUAUCCUUGCCAGCGAUGGUCUAUGGGAUGUCCUGCCUAAUGAUCUCGCAUGCGAUGUUGCUCGACGGUGUUUGGAGGAAGCAGAUCCAGUUAGGGGUGCAGAACAUCAUUCUGGGGCUGGUGUGAGCGCACCUGGUGUUCAAGAAGAGGAUCCACAGUGCUCUGUUGCAGCAUUGCUGCUAGCCAGGCUUGCACUGGGAAGGAAGAGUGCUGAUAAUAUUAGCGCGAUCGUCAUCGACCUGAGAAGUGGCUAAGGAUAAAUCAAGGUUGGAUGAUGCAUUCAAACAGUUGUUUUUUUUCCUAUUUAUUUACUUAUAUGAACUGCCUAGUACAACUCAAGCUGAUGAAAUGGAAGGUGUGGAAGGGUAGAUGCACAAAUGAUGCAGAACAUUGAUGCAGAAAGUUAUAAAGCAUGCCCUUGUUCUUCCAAAGACUCUCUGUGGGAAGUAAUAAAGAGUUACUGUUUCGCCUGUGGGCUGCAUGU